AUGCCGUUUAAAAGCCAACAGAACGAUAUCUUUCUUCCGCGCCAUCUGACCACUUGGCAAUGGCUCUUUGAGGAUCCUACUUACUCUCCAAUUGCGCGUUAUUCCGAGCAUGAGCUUGCAGGCUAUACCCAUGCCAUCACGAAAGAGCGCCUCAACUGGCGGGAGGUGAAAGAGGCAGCAACCUACAUUUCGACUGCGCUCGUCAAGCGGUAUGGCAUGAAGGCGGAAGAUACGGUAUCGCUCUUCUCGCAGAACACGAUAUGGUAUGGCGUCGCUCUGCAUGCUGCAUUGCGUGUUGGUGGGAAGGUGUCUGGUGCUUCGCCGGCUUACAAUGUCGAGGAGAUGACCUAUGCUCUUCAAAAAGCCGACGCAAAGUUCAUCAUGACUCACCCAAACAGCAUGGAGGUCGCCACCGCCGCAGCAGAAAAAGCCGGUAUCUCACGGCAGAAUCUGUUCCUUCUGGAAGGCAAGAUGGACGGCUACACCACGAUCAAGGAGCUCGUCGAGAUGGGUAGAAAGGAGGCUGAGCAAGUUCCUUACUAUACCAUCCCCAAAGGCAAGACUAAUUUCGACGUUUGCGGCUUCUUGAGUUUCUCUAGUGGCACGACCGGUCUACCCAAGGCAGUCAUGAUCGCACAUCAGAACGUCAUUGCGCAAUGUCACCAGAUCCAGCAAAUAUCGCCGUCCGAUCAUAAGCGUAUACUUGCGGUCUUGCCUUCGUUCCAUAUCACUGGGCUGGUCCACGUUCUGCAUCUACCAGUCCUUCUCAAUGCCGAGGUCAUUAUGCUUCCGUCCUUCUCCAUGGAGUCUAUGCUCGAAACCGUGUGCGAAUAUCAGAUUCCAGAGCUCUUACUCGUCCCGCCGAUUCUUAUUCGGAUGGUCAGGGACCCCGUUGUGGACAAGUAUGACCUGAGCUUUCUCCGGCGCUUCUCAUCCGGCGCCGCACCGCUCAGCGAGGAGAUCAUCCAGCUGCUGCAAAAGAAGUUCCCACAAACCGGCUUCAAGCAAGGCUAUGGCAUGACAGAGUCCUGCUCGUGCAUUACCGCUCAUCCAUUCUGGCUUUACGACUACAGGUAUGCUCACGCUGUCGGACCAAUCUGCGCUAGUACAACGGUCAAGAUCAUGAGGGAAGACGGCACGGAGUGCGGAGUGGGCGAGCCCGGUGAGAUAUGGGCCAAAGGCCCGCAAAUUGUCAUGGGCUACUUGAACAACGACAAAGCCACUCGCGAGACGUUCGACCAGGACGGCUACUUGCAUACAGGCGAUCAGGGCAAAAUCGACGAGGAAGGUGUCAUUACCAUUACGGAUCGGUUGAAGGAGAUGAUCAAGGUGAAGGGAAUUGGAGUGGCACCGGCAGAGCUUGAAGACCUACUCCUCGGUCACGAGAAGGUUGAGGACGUUGCCGUCCUUGCAAUUCCAGACGAUUACUCUGGUGAAGUACCCAAGGCGUACAUCGUGCCGAAGCCGAGCGAGAAGCCGAGUAAUGAGCUUGGUCGCGAGUUGAUCGCAUACGUCCGUGAGAAGAAGGUCAGGUACAAGGCUGUCAAAGAGAUGGAGUUCAUCGAUGUGAUACCCAAGAGUGCGAGCGGAAAGAUUCUGCGACGUGUGCUGAGGGAUAAGGCACGCAGUGGAGAGCAUGGUAUAGUGGUGCGAGAAGAGAGAGCGAACCUGUAG